CCGUGGUCCUCAAACGAGCCUCGCACUCCGCCAGGUACACAACUCACGCAUUUGGUCGCUCGUACGCACUCGCUGCACCGGCACUCAUUAAAUUGCAACCAAUCUACCAAGUGAAGAAGACACAAUGCGGAUGUUAUGUGCAUUCUGUGGAUUAUUUCUGAUCAUCACCAUUGUCAAUUGCAAUCCUAUUGAUAAAAAAGAUGCGGAAGAAGAUCUCAAUCCGCUGAACGAAGUCUACGUAAUCGAAGCUGAUGAUGUGACCGAUGGCGAAAGGAGCGAUAGGGAUAAGAGAAAGAUUGGCAUCGGACUUGGAGUAUCAAAUGGCAUCAUUAAUUUUGUAUUUGACAAAGUGGAUUCCUUCAUAGAUUCAAAAACAAAAGCGCUCUCAAUUAUUGAUGAAACUAACAAAGCGGAAAACGUUAUUUUUGGAAUCGACAAUAAACAUUCGGCUACAUCAGAGUUCCUCAACAAAUUAAUGUCUCAGAAAUUUAAAGCUGCAUCGGGCAGCAUUGGACCCCUCAUAAACAGCGUGACGACAUUAUUCUCAGGAGCUUCGGCUGGCAUCUCGAAGGCUUUGGUCUCGAAAAUCGCACCAUUAAGCUCGCUUUCUGGCGGUCUUUCUGGUGGUUCGGAUGGAACUGAUGGUGCAGGACAUGCAGGUGGUAGCGCAGGAGCUUCCGGAUCGGCCAUACUUGGCAAUCUCUUGACUCAAAAGAUAGGUUCUUUGUCGAGUCUGAGCCAAGGUAGCGGCGGUUUAGGCAGUUUAAGCGGCGGUAGCAGUGAUGGGAGCUCCGGAAGCGACUCUCAUAGCGGAAGCAAUGGCGGUACGAGCGCUGGCGCUGGGAUCAAUCUCGGAGCCUUCGCCAACCUGGCAGGGUACGAUUAUACACCACCACAAGCGGCGUAUUAAGCGGCUUAAAGGCAGGUGCGAUAACACGGGAUGCGGAAAGGGAACGUUUGACUGCGAACAUUAACACCUGGACCAACGAGCAGCAUUGCGUGAGAGAAGAAACCUCUUUGGAGAAAGAAAAGCGACAGACAACAAACGAACGUUAAACAUACCACGAGAAAAUGGGACGGACAGUCAAUGGAUUUUCGAUGGAAUAUGUGGGCGAUUUCACUUUCAGUGGAAUACAUUGGUAUUCCAUAUAACACGGAAUGUGAAUUUCUGUUUUUAGCUGGGCUGAUAAUUGGCAGAACCUCCUUUCUCUCUUCAGAAGCCCUUCUCUUUCAUAAAAUAUUCGUAUUUAAAGAAUUCAAAUAAAAAUUAAGGAAAGAGAGAGAAAAAAUUCUCCAGGAAACUCUUCUCCUGAUGAAUCAACACUUCCGGCCGAAUCGUGUGGACUGCGCUAUGUCUAAUAUAAAUUAUAGAAGAACUAGCGGCGUCAAUCGAUUUGUCACCGUGAAAGUUGUAAAUAAUUUAAGAGUAGCCUUUAAGGGCGCGAUAAACUCGUAUUAGCUAUGUGUAAGCGAUGUAAAUAGUACAUUCAAAUGCUCCUUGAUACGUAGAGAAAAAUUAAUAUAAAAGAUGGUGUGAUAUAAUGUUGAUGUCAAAU